CGGCCAUCUCGCUACUUUCCCCUACGCUACAGACGCUGGAACUGGCGAUAUUCAAUGCAACUGCAUACUGGAAAGAGAAGGCACACAUCAUCUGCCCGUUCGAAAUGCCCUGUCUGCGAACGAUAGUACUCAAGAUGGACAUGCACAAGCUGCUGCUAUACAUCACGGCUCCCCGACUCGCGACCGUCACCCUCGUUGGUGUUUUUUUGUGCGAAGGAGACCCUACGGAGUCUCUUUUGGAUCUCCUUUGGCGAUCACAGGCUCCCAACCGUUCGUUCGAACUACAGGAUCCAAUGAACGGGAGUGCGGAUAUGCUACUUGGCUGCCUCGAACGUAUGGAGGGCCUUCGUCGCAUGAAACUAGAGAAUGCGUCAAGCAAGGCAAAGAAACUAACGCGCAUGCUGCACGUACUAGAUCGACUCGCUUGCUCUGAAGAUCGGUUGCCCGUCCUUCCCGAGCUCAAGCCGCUCUGCCUGCAUAUGCGAGGCAAAAAGCUCAUGAAGACCGCACCAAGCGAGCUCAUAGAAUUAGUCAUCAGACUGAGAAGAUCGCGCGCCCAGCCUCGGACAUGCGCGGGGCGCGCUGUGGCAGUGAUGGAGGAUUUCGAGGCAAACAUGCAGGACCUUGCGAACAUGUCUUUUUAGGGCGCCAUGAUUCCGGAACCUCACCUUAACCAUGUCGUUGUAGUACAAGGUCCUUAUCCUGUAUACGUACAAGCUACUACAUAUGUUCUACGUCACGGCGCGU